AUGGCCAACGUCGAGGCGAACCAAAAGUCCGCCAUCGAGGGGGCGGACAUCGCGGACGUCGCGCCAGAGGCUGUGACACCGACGACGUCCAUUGAGGAAGCGAAGCGUUCUUCAGACGAAUCCUCCGCCCCGAGUCGAGAUGUUCUGUAUGCUGCUGGAGUUGGUUUGAGACCCGAUGAUCCUUCCCUGCCAUGCCUGACGCUCCGCAUGUGGGUGAUUGGCAUUGGAUUUUGCCUUUUGGGUAGCGGUGUCAACACUUUGUAUACGUUCCGAUUCCCAUCCAUCAGUCUCUCCCAGUCAGCGAUCCAAUUUCUGGCAUACCCUGUUGGAAAAGCAUGGGAGUUUGUUGUUCCCGACUGGGGCUUCAACAUCAGGGGUAAUCGCAUCAGCCUGAACCCAGGCCCGUUCAACUACAAGGAAAAUAUCCUAGUCUAUAUCAUGGCCAACCUCAGCUUCUUGACUCGGCUGAGUGCCGACGUCUUGACCGAACAGAGAGUCUUUUACGGGCUUGAGGCAGGAUGGGGAUUCGAGUUGACUGUUACACUGUCAACAAUUCUCUACGGCUUCGCUCUGGCCGGACUAUGCUAUGCAUUGGUUGUUGAGCCCCCAGGAUUGCUGUGGCCUGGUGUUCUUGGAAACACAGCCCUCAAUGCUGCGCUGCACACUGGCAAGAGAGAGGACGAGACCGAAGCAAAGUGGACGGCAUCUCGCUACAAGUUCUUUAUGCUCGCCUUUAUUGCCUCGUUUUGCUGGUACUGGUUCCCAGACUUCAUCUUCCCAGCACUGGGCUACUUCACCUGGGUCUGCUGGAUUGCUCCGAACAAUGCGGUUGUCAACCAGGUAUUCGGCAUGAAGAGUGGCAUCGGUUUGUUUCCUUUCACGUUCGACUGGAGUCAAAUUGCCUAUAUUGGUUCUCCGCUUGUCGUUCCCACGUGGGCCAUUCUCAACAUCCUGGCCUCUCUGGUGUUCUGGAUCUAUAUUAUUUCCCCGGCGCUGUACUACUCAAACACCUGGGACUCAGCUUACUUACCCAUCCAGAGCAAUUCCAUCUACGAUAACUUGGGAAAGACAUUCAAUGUUUCCAGAGUGAUUAACAAAAAGGACGACUUUACUUUCGAUCCUGUCAAAUACGCCAAUUACUCAGACAUCUACCUUCCCGUCACGUAUGCGCUCAACACCUUUGGUCUCUCAUUUGCCACCAUCGCAUCACUCUUUGUCUGGUUGUUCCUCGAGAAACGCCGACACAUUGCAGCUGCGUUCAGGUCCACCCAGGUUUCUGCUCUCCUCGGGGGCAAGAUCGUCCCUAGACACAACCCUCAGCCAGGCUACAAGGCCGUCCCGCUCUGGUGGUACUGGGUUGCUGCGCUGCUUGCUCUGGGGUUCGGGAUGUUUGCUUGCGAGUUCUACCCGGUCCAGCUUCGCUGGUACGGAGUAGUCCUCGCGUUCGCAGUGUCUGCCAUCUUCUUCGUUCCCCUCGCUUGGGUCUAUGCGACGACAAAUAUGAAGAUUCAAAUUGAUAUUUUUUGCCGUAUCAUUGCAGGAUACAUAUGGGAAGGCAAAGUUCUGGCCAAUAUCUGGUUCUUCAAUCUUGGCUAUAUUUCUGGCAUCAAAGGCCUAGCAUUUGCCCAGGACUUGAAGUUGGGCAUUUACUGUAACAUUCCGCCCCGAAAACUGUUUCUCGUUCAGUCAGUGGGCCUCGUCAUUGGCUCUCUGGGUCAAGUCUCCGUUCUCAACUGGGCUCUCAACCACAUCCCAGGGAUCUGCUCUACAAACGCCCCCAACGGCUUCACGUGCCCCUUCUCUCGGACACACUUCAAUACCAGCAUGGUUUGGGGUGCUCUCGGGCCCCGUAGAUUCUUUGCCGAUGGCGCAAUGUACCGCUCGCUGCUGUGGUUCUUCCUCGUCGGCGCCGUCCUGCCCGUGGUCGUCUACCUGGUGAGGAAGAGAGUCUUCCCCGAGGCCAAGUGGUUGAAGAAAGUCCAUAUUCCGCUCUUCCUCGGUGGACUCAACUAUAUUCCCCCGGCGUCCGGAACGAACUACGGGAGCUGGGCGAUUGUCGGUCUCGUUUUUGGCUUGCUCAUCAAGAGAAGGCAGAGGACUUGGUGGAGACGUUACAACUUUGUUCUCAGCUCAGCGCUGGACUGCUCAGUUGCUAUUGCUGGAAUCGUCAUCUUCUUCGCCAUAUUCUACACCGGGGCUUCCAAGAAGCUUACUUGGUGGGGAUACUUGUGA